GGUUGACAGGAUGUUGUCCCCGAAAUCGGCCAACUGUGAAUGAGCGAAGCCUGGACUUGAAUACUCAAAUUUCAAAGUGGUUCAAAGUUCGUCACCGGAGCCCACUUCCUCUGUCACGUUUUGAAUUCAGUAUGAAAUAUUUGUGUCAACAUCCUCGAACACUCUGGAGCACAACAAGACGCUUAUAAACCUGGCUUCCCUCACGUGUUCCUCAGUAUCCUGCAUCGCUUGCGCGAAAGCCAAUGAAUUCUCCUUCGGACGAAAAUAAGAAACAGCAAAACGAAGAAUCCUCCACGCCAGAAGGUGAAACGAAUGUGCUGGAAGCGAGUACGGUGAAGUGUUUUCCCGCUGUCAAACGCAGUUUUCGUCAAAAACAGUGUAACUGGAGGUGGAGAUGGAAAUACUUCACCAGGGCUCUACAGCCAAUAUCAGAGCAAGGGGAAAAUACAAAAGAUGACGCAAGUAAAGUUGAUGAGAAUGGUGUAAACUCAGCUGUUGAUGGUGGCAUUGAAACUAGUUCAGAUUCCCUAGAAACAAAGGAGCAAGAAAAUCUAGAUUCAAAUAAUCAGCAUCUAGUGGACUGUAGACAUAAUGUUUACAAUGACAACAAUUGUGAUGACAGUAGAGAAACGGUUCAAUCUAAGGAAGACUACAGUGCUUGUAUCAAACUAAUAGAAAAGUUCCAGGAGGCAGUAUUAGACAAUGCAGUAAGAAUAAUACAAGCUGCUUACAAGCGGUUCAGGGAAAGACGUAGAUUUCUGAAGCUAAAGAAAUCAGCGACAGUUAUUCAAAGGUGUGCAAGACGAUGGCUUGUACUAAGGCACUCUAAAGGAUUACCUGCUCUCCAGUCUACAAAACCUGAAUGUGAACAUGAUAAUGGAGUACAAAAGAGCUGUUGUAAUGACAGUAAGCAGGAGAGAGAAGUUUUCUCCCAUCAUAUUGAAAGCGAAGAUCAGGUAAAAGAAAGACAAUCAGUGGAGUCAGAUAGUUUUGAUGGUGACAGAGCAGACUCUUUGUGGACUCAGGAAGAGUUAGAAAAAGAUGUUGAUGGUGCACCAGAAUCAACGUUGGAGGAACAUGACCAGUUUGAAAACUCUUUUGAAAAUUUUGAUGCAGUGUCUUUGUCUGGAAGCACUGAAAACCUCAGCGACGCAGAAGUGAGCAUCAAUCAAGGUGAAGAGAUUGCCUUUACAAGUGACCCAGACUCACUAUCAUUAGCUGACAGUGGAAUUGACAUGGGCUCUGAUACUACCCAGGAAGUAGCGGUCAUUGAUGACUGCGAAUGUUCCAAGUUUGAAAAUACAUCACCGCUUGAAAAAGCAGUUUUGCACCAAAAAUGAGGUGAAUUAAACCCUUGUUGCUUUUCAAACUAUGUACAGUGAAACCCUGAUAUAACAAAGCAUGGCUUGUUAAGAUUUGAUGUUGGUGGCUGCUCUGGGGAGCACCUUUCAGCAAGCAAUACAUUAAGGCUGGUUUUCACUAGCGAUGGAGUCACAGUCAGAGUUGUAAGAAUGCUUACAACCUUGUGAAAACUGUAAAUUUGAGUCGUAAGCCGGGUCAUAAAGAUUUCCUUCCGAUUCCACUUACGACUCCAACACCUAUGAUCCAGUGAAAACUAGAUUGUUGGAGUUGGAAACAGAAACGGAGGAACCAACCAAUUGCAAUGCCUGGAAUCAAGCAUUGUGAUUGGCUUAUUCUUCAGCUUCUGCUUGCAACACCGACAAUCUAGUUCCCACUAGAUAUGAAAUUAUGCAAAGAUUUUAUUAUAUAAAGGUUUGCUAUGCCAGGGUUCCACCGUACUUGGACCUUUCUAGUCCCAGCACAAAUUAUAACUCUCCUUCCCUAAAUUCUUGAUCUUUUGUUGAAAUUGCAGGGAGGAAUUAAAUAUUAAUCAGUCUUGGGACUUGAAUGGUUUUGAGGGCUAGGUUGGCCUUAUUCUAAUAUUUCUUUUCUUCUGCAUUGAUGACAAAAAAUGAAGGCAUUGGUGGUAUUUUGCCGUCUGGUUUGAACUUCUCUAGUUUUGACCAUUCAUGCAUGUUUCAGUUUGGCAUCCCUGUUUUCUUUUGUGUAAUACUAUCACUGCAAACUAUUAUUUUUCAAAUUGAAGACCACUUUACAUGCUACCAAAAUACAACUUAACAUGUAGCACAAUCAAGCCCCUUUCAAUCAGUUGGGGUGUAGGAACAGAAUCUUGUGGGUUGUCUUUUCUUAGGCAUUCACUGAUCAAGACCAUGAAAAACAUACUAUUCUAAACAAUUAUUGUUAAUACUAGAUUCUCUAUACAAGAAUGUUAUUCCUUAUUCAAUUUUAUCCACAUACAAGAUAAUAAUUAUUGUCUAUCAUAGCUGUUAUACUAUUGCUACUGUACUAUGCAGCUUUGUGUAUAAUUUGCACAAAAUAAUUCCCACACCUUAUGUUGCAACAUAGCAUGUCGUGACAUGGGUGGGAGGCGCAAGUUCGGGCUUUUAGCCAGAAUUUGAAAAGUGGCCGUCCAAAAUGUGCUAUGGGGCCUGCUCAAACAAACAAUUUAUAAGGCAACAUAAGAAAAAUAAGACACGCAGACACCCAUCUGGCUAAAAACCUGCACAAGGUUGAUAUGUUGAUUGAGAGGUUUGGGGCUUUUUCCUAGGACCAUGACUAAUGCAAUGAUGUUUGUAAGUGUAAAUAUAAUUGCAUUUCUGUGGCAUGUGCUUUGCAUUGAAUUUCAUUGCAUUACAUUUUAUUAUAUAGACACUAGUGUUUUACUAUACACCGCUCGUAAAAUUCAUGAGGAACUACUUCUGGGAUCCAAGUGGCAUAAUUUCCAUAUCUUCAGUAGUGAGGAUAUCAAUUGCAUCAUUUCUUACCUUUUUCACGGUUGUUUUUGCAAACGGUCGGUCAAAAUGGCAAGCAAUGGAUUAGUCUAUAUAUAAUAAAAUUAGUCUCUAUAUAAUAAAAAGAAGAGUACAUGGUGGCUUGAAGAUAUGAAUUUUAUUUUCUUGUGUUAAAACAACAUUUUACUUGUUUUACUCCUUCAUGUAAUGUUGUUCUAACCACUUAGAAAUAAAAUUUGUGUCUUUGUGCCGCCAUGUAAUAUCCUCUAUGUGUUUUAUGCCUUUACAGUGUUCUUUCUUCAUUGCCAUUUGAUUUUACUUGUAUUUGCACUUAAAAACAUUUUCUCCUGGACUCCUGAGGGACUACUCACCUUUUUCUCAGAAAGCGGGUCAUUUUGGUGAUUUUCUGUCGGGUAAAGCUAUUUUUUUUCAGGCAGCAUUAUGUUGAGCGGCUGGAGGCUAAGUGAAUUUUUUUUUCAGUGCUGUGGUUUAGUGAGGAAGAUUCUACGGUGUGGGAAAAUGUUGCUUUGCAAUCAAAUGUUCACUAUUAGUAUAUAAUAUUUUAAAGAAAAUGCAAAUUGAUGUGCAAGUUCAUUGUCAAGUUGUGCAACAAUUAUUACAACAAAGAUUGUGAAACUUGGACAUCGUUUAAUAUAAGUUCUUUUGAUACAUUAUUCAGUCUACAUUUUUGGUUAAGUAAUUUAGAUUAGGGGCAACAGGAGCAAGAAAACCCCAAUCUGGCAUUUUGAGAUCUUUAAUUAAGAGUUUGGUGUAGUUGACUACUGUCAUCGUAUCCUCAUCAUUAUACUUCUGUUACAAGUGAUUCUCGUCAUUAUCGUUGGUGGGUUCUCUCCUUUCUCCAAGGCCGUCUUCGUCCAAUUUGAAUAUGCCCACAGGUCCCAGCUGCAGAUGAAGCUUACUUUGUACCUUCUGAAGGGCCUGUAGAGAGUGUAGGUGUGCAAAGUGGCAUGCUGCCUGCCACAUUCUUUGAGAGAAAGGAGAAAGCUUAACCACGAAUUUGACCAAGAAAAGACAGUUUGACUCCCUUGCAAAGCAUUUUUGUGUGACAGUAAGCUUCAAUUUACAUUCAGAUGAUUGCUCUGAAUCUUCCAGAAAUCUUCAUUGUUCUACCAAAAAGAUUAUCUUGUUUUCUUGUUCCCAUUGCUAUUGAUAGUUAUACUUUACAAAUUAAGCUUCAUUGUAGAUUAGGUUUUUUUUUAACAUUUUUUUAAAAUAAUUGUAUUGAAAUUUAAGUUUGGCAAAUGUUUGCCAAAAUUUUUGAAAUAAUAUUUCGCCAGCAUGGCCAAGAGAAAUGUGAAUGUUCCAACAUUUGCAAAAAUAGAGCUUUAAAUAUUGUUGAAUUUGAAAAAUCGUGUAUAAAAAUGGUUCUUGCAUAUUCAUUCCCAAGUUUGCUUGCAACCAGAAU